AUUUUAAAGCGGUUUACAGUACAAACGGACUUAUCGACCGUGCUGUUCGCAUGAAGUCAUUUCGUCAUGAAAAAUUAAAUGCAUUCGAGUAUACCAUAAGGGGAAUGGUUUUAUCAGAUGAUACUGAUUUCGCCUUUGAUAAAAUGAAGUUUAUGGUGGCAAUACCAGAACGUGCAGAACGUGAAAAUCUAGACAGAUACGUGGGAUUCCAGUUACGUUUGCAACAGGAACUAACCAGAGUUACAAGUCUUGAACCGGUACCGCUAAAUUCAAUAACUAAGGAACCGCCUCGGACAGCUAUUAAACUGCCUUCACCAGAAGAUCCUAUUCCACAACUUGAAGAAAUAGUAAAGGUGGCAAAUGUCCUAAGGAAAAAAACUAGAAAAGCUUUGUGGGGUCUCCUCAUGGAGGAUGUUUUUAUACCUGAGCAGCACCAAGAUCAUCGUUAUACUGAUGAUGAGAGAUGUCUUAUAGUAGGAUUGGCAUCGAGUUGUAUAAACUACAAUUUUGCACGAGCUGUGCGUGUUGAUGAAGAUCGAAGUACUGACACUGCGCUUGCAACUGGUCCUAUUUGCGCCAUUAUAGAUAUAACGGGCGGCGAAAGAAAGUACAUAGUUCGAGACUACGAAUUUCGAGAAGUAACCCGUGGUCAACCUCAUGUAUUAAUACAAGGUGGAUUGGAGAAAGUAAUGAAAAAUAUUAUUGUGAAAAAUAAAACUUAUAGUUUAGAAUCAAAAUGGAAUUUUAUGGAAAAAAACCGAGUGAGCCGUAGAAAUUAAUCACAAUAGUUAUCUGUAAACAUCUUAUAACGGGUUCUACUGAAAUAAAAUUUAAAAGGAGCAGAACUUAUCAUGUGCAUGAACUUUAUUGACAUACGAUUAAUAUUAUUUUAUAUACUUGAUAUUAUCGGUUUAUGAUAACUAUAAUACGAUACAUA